GUUUGAGCGUUAAGUUCUCUCGGUUCAAAAUUAUUUUUCUUUAGAUUGUUUCAAUUUGUUAAGUUCUUUUAGUUUUUAUUUUUACAUAAAGUUAUAAUUGUCGCAAUGGAUCAACGUUUACUACAGAUGCAAAUGCGCAAAAACUUCAGUAGUGUAUUAAGGCAACUUGAGAAGAAUCCAAAUAACGCGGAAAUUGCUGCUGCUAUAUGCAAAAUUCAAACCCAUAUUAAAGAUCUUAAUGAAUCAUUGGGUACCCUUAAAACAUCUAGGAAAAAAAUGACCUCUGCAACAGUUGCUUUGUUAACCUCAUGUAAAUUAAAAUUACAACAUUUACAAAAAAGUGGUGGUACAAUGCAAAAUGAAAUUUCCACAUCAUCAUCACCAAUUAUAGAUAAUGUCAUUCAAGCAGAUUCUAUUAAUAAAAGAAUAAGAUGGACUGAUUUAGAAUCUGCAUUUCAAAAGAGAAUGACAACUGGAAUGUUCGUUAAUAUAAUACAUAAAAAUUUGAAUUCGUUCUUUAAAGAUGUGAAAAUUCUGCUGAUUAUUCGUUUACAUAAUUUAUUGAAGGAAAAAAGUGCUAUUAAACUCAACACAAUUUUAGCAUGUAAUUUCGAAAUCGUUAAAGAAGGAGAAAUUAUGAUUGAAACGAAAUAUUUUACUGUUGGAUGCAUGAAGAUUCUACAAUUAACAGAUUUAGAUGAACUCAGAGUACCUUUUGUAGUGUAUGCAGACCUUGAAAGUAUAUUAGAAAAAGUAACAGAUACUUCUAACGAUUUAAUAAAAAAGAAAUUUCAACAAAAACAUAUACCAAGUAGUAUAGCUUAUUACACUAAAUGUAGUUACGAUGAAAAACUUUCAACAUUCAAAUUGGAAAGAUCUAAAAAUUGCAUCGAGUGGUUUAUUAAUGAACUUCAAGAAUUGGCACACAAUGUUGAUAAUAUAUUAGAUGAUAUUAAACCAAUGAAUCUAACUUUUGAUGAAGAAUUAGAAUUUUCUGCAUCAACAAAAUGUCAUAUUUGCACAAAAAAAUUUACGCCAGAGGAUAUCAAGGUUCGAGAUCAUUGUCACUUCACAGGAGCUUACCGAGGUGCUGCACAUGUAGGAUGUAAUCUCAAUUAUCAAGAGUCUUGCACAAUAGCUGUUGUUUUUCAUGGUCUGAGUAAUUAUGAUAGCCACUUUUUAAUUAAACAGUUAAAAAAACAAUUUCCAGGAACGAUUAACUUAUUAGCUCUCAAUAAAGAGAGCUAUAUAAGUUUCACUAAACAUGUAAAAGGUACUAGAAUUAGAUUCCGUUUUAUAGAUUCAUAUAAAUUUAUGGCAAGCUCAAUUAGCACGCUAGCAAAUGAAUUAGAAGAUAAAGAUAAAAGUAUCAGUCUUAGUUUUUGCAACAAUUUAGAAGAAUUUAAAUUGAUUACUAAAAAAAGGAUAUUCCCAUAUGACUACAUUGAUUCUUGGGAAAAAUUCAAUGAAGAACAAUUACCUUCAAAACUUGAUUUUUAUUCACAAUUAAAUGAGGAACAUAUAAGUGAAAUUGAUUAUAAUCAUGCUUGCAAAGAUUGGAAAAAAUUUAAUAUAAAAAAUUUAGAUCCAGAUCACUAUUUUACAUUGCCGGGAUUAAGCUUUAACGCUAUGUUGAAAUAUACAGAAAUUGAAUUAGAAUUGAUAACUGAUGCUGAUAAAUUAUUGUUCAUUGAGGGAGGUUUUAGGGGAGGUUUAUCACAAUGUUCACAUCGCCAUGUUAUCGCAAAUAAUAAAUAUAUGAGCGAAUAUAAUCCAAACAUUGAAGAUUCUUAUUUAAUGUAUUUUGAUGUAAAUAAUUUAUAUGGAUUUGCAAUCGCUUCUACUCUACCAGUAAGUGAUUUUCAGUGGGAAGAAAAUUUUGAUAUAAAUAAAUUAAAUUCAAUCGAAGAUAACUCAGAGUGGGGCUACAUACUUGAGGUUGAUUUAGAUUAUCCAGUUAAUUUACAUAAUGAACACAAAGACUUACCAUUAGCGCCAGAACGUCGAAUACCACCUCUAUCAACAAGAAUGAAAAUUAGAAAAUUAUAUAGAGUUUUGAAGUUUAAACAACGAGCAUGGUUGAAACCUUAUAUUGAUUUGAAUACGGAAUUGCGAACUAAGGCAACAUCACUUUUUGCUAAAAAUCUUUUUAAAUCAUUAAUAAAUAUAUGUUUCGGAAAAAUGUUAGAAUCAACUCGUUCGCAACGAAUAAUAAAAUUAGUUUCUAGAUAUGGAGGACGUGGUAGAGCAAGAGCUCUAAUAUCAAAGCCCAAUUUUCACAGUGCACUAAUCAUAGAUGAUUUAGUUAUUAUUGAGAUGAAACGUCUUAGUAUUCUUCUUAAUAAACCAAUAUAUGGAGAUAAAGUUAAAUUUGCAUAUAUGGAUACUGAUAGUGCAAUUUUACACAUUUGUACCCCUGAUAUUUAUGAAUUUAUUCGCAAAGAAUGUGAUAAUUUCGAUACGUCUGAUUAUCCAAUUGAUAACCGCUAUAAUAUUCCCCAAAAAAAUAAAAAAGUGCCAGGUAUAAUGAAAGAUGAAUGUAAUGGGGAAAUUAUGAAGGAAUUUAUUGGUUUGCGUUCAAAAGCAUACUCAUUUUUAGUUGAAAAUGAAUCGUGCGAUAAUAAUGUAAAACUUCAUAAAAAAGCUAAAGGGAAAGCAAAAUUUAAUAAGGUCAGAAAAGCAUCAAGUUUAUAA